AUGGAUCCGUUCAACCUCCCCAUCGAAUGGGCUCUCCAGCUUCUUACUGGCGUCCUCCCAGACCCCUACCUCUCCCUCGCCCGUCAACACCUGCUCUCGCCAGACUCGUCCCUCCAAUCGCUCAAGCGCCACAUAAUGUCAACAAUCGAAGCCUUCAUCUCCACCCUCAUCCCGAUCCUCCAGCCGCUCGUCGAGCGACUGACGGCUUACAUCUACGCCUCCCCCGACGUGGUGAUUCUGGCGGGCGUGCUGUUGCUCUUGGUCAUGGUGCUGCAAGUUCUGAGCUGGAUGCGGCGGGUGCUCAUGUUCUUCACCCGGCUGGCGUUCACGCUGGUGUUUUGGGCGGGCAUGGCGGCGGUGGCGUCGUGGGUGUAUAGACGCGGAGUGGAGCAGAGCGCGAGGGAUGCGACGUUUUGGUUGUCGAGGGCGAGCGGGUAUGGGCUGGGGAUUUGGAAUUUCUUCAUGACGGAGUGGCAGAGGUAUGAGGCGCAGGAUAAGGCGAGGGGUCAUGCUAAGUAUGACCGCCCUUAA